GCACGGUAGGCAGGGCCAUCUUUCCCGUAAUGUUGAUUAGAUUUAAAGGAAGCUAUGUUUCCCUCAGCACAGCUUCUGUGACUCGCUCCUAUCGACACCGGACAUCGGCUCGCCAUUUUAAUCAGCCAUUUGAGGAAUAACACACAUUUAUCCAUAAUAAGGCGUUUCUUUUUUCCCAGGGACGGAUCUCCAUGACGAUGGAAAUGGAGGUGAUGCAUUCCAGUCAACAGGACAUGAACCUGAUUGACAUACUGUGGAAGCAAGACAUUGAUCUCGGCGCCAGGCGCGAGGUGUUUGACUACAACCACCGACAGAAAGAACAUGAGCUGCAGAGGCAGCUUGAGCUGGAAGAAGAGAAAAGGCUGCAUCUGCUCCGGGAGCAGGAGAAGGCCCUGCUGGCACAGCUACAGCUCGAUGAGGAAACAGGAGAAUACAUACCCUGCCCGCCGCCCAGUGCCCCGCUGCAGUCGGCCAUCACACCUCUUGAGGUUACACAGAAUGUCGGCUUCACAGAAGAUAAUAGAGAUGCCAUGUCGUUUGAUGAAUGUUUGCAGCUACUGGCAGAGACAUUUCCUGUAGAGGAAACUGAGAACACAUCCGUCUGCCUGGACACAACUUCAGUACCCAUGAUGUCCCCGGAGCAGCCAGCUCUGCCGUUGGCUACCCUCUCCCCAGGCCCACUUCUACCAUCACCAUCACCACCACCACCACCACCACCGCAACCACCACAGAGGAUGUCCCCAGAUUUGGAGCAGGCCUGGAUGGAGCUUUUGUCCCUCCCCGAGCUGCAGCAAUGCUUGAACAUGCAGUUGGAGGACACACUGGAGACCACAACUUAUCCUCUACCGAACAACUCGGAAUCACAGAAUCCAGACUACACUUUUUACCCCAUGACCGGUCUCACAGAGGGGGAAACAAACAAUGUAAACGUUUGUUCUGCAGAGUUUAUGAAUACAUUUGAUGGCUCUGUUCCCAGCUUGGCCCCACCAGACAAUCUGAGCCAGAUGAAGACGAAAGCUCCUCAGUUACAUACUAACUACACUGCAGAAAGUUUCUGCGAUGUAUUUUACCCCAAUGCAAUUCCGGAACAGAGCAGUGGUCAACAUGGCCUUGAAGGAAAUGAAAGUGACACGAUGUCUGACAUUCCAAACAAGCCUCCCUUCACAGCAGCAGACCUUUACAGCCUCUCACCUGGUGAUGUUUCUGACAUAGGCAAACAGAGUCGGGUGGCAGAGUUGCCAGACUCAGAUUCAGGAAUCUCUUCAAACACAAGUCCAAAUGCUAGUUCACCUGGGAAGUCUGUAUAUGGAGACGGAUCCUUUUUUUACAGUGAUUCAGACAUGGACGAGAUGGACCACAACCCUGGAAGUGCAGAAUCCGACUACUCUGAGAUGUUCUCAAUAAAUUUCCAACCUGAUGAUUAUCACUUAGCAGCUUCUGUAUCUGGACCAGCAGGGCAAAAGCAGCAGGAAAAGAAACCCAAACAACACAAGUCAGACCUAACGGAGGAAAGUGGUCAUAACGAUGCUCCCUUCACCAAAGACAAGCGGAGGAAACGCUCUGAUGUGCGUCUCUCCAGAGACGAACAGAGGGCCAAGGCCCUCAAAAUCCCUUUCACUGUAGCCAUGAUUAUCAAUCUGCCUGUUGAUGAUUUCAAUGAGAUGAUGUCAAAGCACCAAAUGAAUGAGGCCCAGCUGGCCCUGGUCCGAGAUAUACGCCGCCGCGGCAAGAACAAAGUGGCUGCCCAGAACUGCCGUAAGCGCAAGAUGGAGAACAUCGUGGGUCUGGAGGGUGAGCUGGACUCACUGAAGGAGGAAAAGGAGCGUCUGCUGAGUGAGAAGAGCCAGAACACCACCAACCUGAAGGAAAUGAAGCAGCAACUCAACACCUUGUAUCUGGAGGUCUUCAGCAUGUUGAGAGAUGAAAAGGGGAACUCCUACUCCCCGUCCGACUACUCUCUCCAGCAGUCAACCAACGGCAGCAUCUUCCUUGUUCCUCGCAUUAAAAAGACUUUUAUCAAGAGUAUAGGCAACCACUUGCCUCCUGUGUAAUAUGGUACUGCAUUAUCAUAGUAAUACUAUGCAAUAACUUUGUAGUCGCUCAGCUUUAAGCAUUAGUAGUUCAGCACAACUAUUGUAUAGUUCUCACUUCUCUUGAAUGUUGUAAUAUUUUUGAUAUUUUACUUCUUUUAUACUCUGAUACCCUCACAGAUUCUUUAACCAACAUUGUUGUAAAUACAAACAUUACUUCUUUUGAGUGAUUAAAAAAAAUGUUACUGUAUGUGUGUGUGUAAAUAUAUAUAUAUAAAUAUAUUGUAAAUAUAUUUCUGUACGCUAAUGUUGUUUCAAUCAUUGUUACUCAUAUUUUAUAACUGUCCUUUAUGAUUUGCCCAGGUUCUUUUAUAAAAUCUUGACUUCUAUGCUUUUCAAUAAACUAUUCAUAUAGCUA